CUGUUCAAUCGCAAGCAAUCUGUUAGUUUCCGCAAGUAUUUGAUUUUGGGGGCGACAACAAACAAAGCACUUUGUUGUCCGACACGCGUCGACUGUGAAAUACUCUGUAAAUUGAUGAGAACAAGUGACAAAAAAGUAGCUGGCCUUAUUCGCAACCGAAACGGAUUCGGAAACCCAGCCACCUGGACGAGCAGCACUUGCACCUCGCCCAACGUCCGCGCCGGUCGAUGAGAGCUCCACUGGGAUUGGCCAGAACGCGAAAGAUGAGCAAUAACUACAACGACGUGCCGUUCGGCAUCCGGGCGGUCCAGCAGCUUUCCCGGCAAUGCUGCACCCGCUUCCAUGCCCGCAGAGAUCUGCUCUACAAGAUGUCUGUGUUUGUGCUAACUUUCCUGGCGUACGCCUGCUAUCACAUGUGCCGCAAACCCAUCUCCGUGGUUAAAUCGGUGCUCCAAGGAAACUGUUCCACAGCGCUAGCUGCAUCGGGUCAGGAAUGUGGAUAUGCACCCUUUGAUGUUCCCGAUGCCACCACCCUCUUUGGAAUGCUGGACUCGGCCUUCCUCUUCUCCUAUGCCAUCGCCAUGUUCGCUUCUGGCUUCGUGGCGGAGCGCGUUUCACUGCGAUACUUCUUGUCCAUGGGCAUGAUCCUCACCGGAGUGUUCACCUACAUGUUCGGCAUUGCUCGCACCUCCAAUAUCCAUAGUUUGUGGUAUUUUAUAAUCGUGCAAAUAUUCGCUGGCAUCUUCCAGACGACUGGAUGGCCAGGUGUAGUGGCGCUAGUGGGUCGUUGGUUUGGAAAGUCGAAACGCGGUCUGAUCUUUGGUAUAUGGAACAGCCAUACGUCCAUUGGAAACAUUCUGGGCACGCUUAUUGCGGCGCAUUAUGUGGAAACCGAUUGGGCGCUAUCAUUUGUGGUACCCGGCAUUAUCAUUGCAGCCGUUGGAUUUUUACUCUUCCUGUUCCUAGUGGAUCAGCCGGAGAUUGUGGGCUGUUACCCACAAGGCGGCCAGCAGGAGCGUCGCGUGGCCAACGAGUCAGAUGAGGAACAGGAUGACGAAGAGCAGGUGCGCCACAACGAUGCCUAUGUGAUCAAUUUUGGGUACGACAAUUCAAAAACUGAAAUCAACUAUAGAUCGGCGCCCACCGAGCGUACUCCAAUCCUUUCACGUUCUCAACCUGAGGCAGUGCCAAGGGGUCGUGGACGUCCCAUCAGCCUGGUCGAUGCUUUAUUCAUACCUGGAGUGAUAGAGUUUUCACUAUGCUUAUUCUUUACCAAGCUGGUGAGCUACACCUUCAUGUACUGGCUGCCACUAUACAUACAAAAAUCCAGCACAUUGGGUCCAGAACUGUCCGCUGAUUUGUCCACGCUUUUCGAUGUGGGUGGCAUUUUGGGAGCUAUAGCUGCGGGCUAUCUAUCAGAUGUGAGCGGAAUGUCGGCCACUGUCUGCACAGGCAUGUUGUUUGUUGCCUCCCCCAUUCUGCUGAUGUAUCAACAAUAUGGUGCAUUGUCGAUGACAAUCAGCAUAGUGCUUUUGAUUGUGGUCGGCAUCUUUGUGAACGGACCCUAUGCCCUGAUUACAACCUCUGUAAGUGCAGAGCUGGGCCAACACAGCUCCUUGGAGGGCAAUGCCAAUGCUCUGGCCACGGUGACGGCCAUUAUCGAUGGUACUGGCUCAAUCGGCGCGGCAGUUGGUCCGCUGCUUGCUGGUCUUAUCUCCACCGCCGGAUGGCAGUAUGUCUUCCACAUGCUCAUCGCUGCCGACAUCAUUGCCAUGGUGUUGCUGGGGCGACUGGUCUUCAAAGAGUUCGCUGCGCUGCGUCGUGCAUCGCAUCGUAUUCGGAUUGAAUAGCAGGAAGAAGCCGAAGCGGAUGUGGUUUGAUCGUAUAUAUUUUUGUUUCUGGCGUUCUCUGUACAUAGCAUAGCAUUUGUAUAGCUUACAUAAUGAACGUUUUCUUUGCAUUCGAGAGCAUAUCAGAGUGUAUUCUGAUCCUAGUUUUACCCAUACAUGUCAAUACCUAAUGUUAUUUUUAAUGGAAUGUUUACCAUCAUCCUAGGCUAUCCAUCAAGUUUACAGUUUUGAUAUAUUACCUACAUACAUAUAUAUACAUCUAUGUUGUAAUCUUGUGUGUGCGCGCGUGUGUCAGAGUCUCCUCGUUUUAAGUGCCGAACUAUCAUUAGUACUAGCGUAAUUCUACUGCAAUGUAAAUACACUUUAUCGUACACUUUUCGUACCAAUAAACCCGAAUUUGACUGUUCUCCGUGACAGUAGAAUUUGUGAAAGCCGA